CAGUACAUUGAAGUAAGGAGGUUUAAAGUCUCAUGCCGGUCUGAUGAAAAGCCACUUGAACUGAUCGUCACUGUUGAUCACAUCACUCGGAACAAGGUGAGAAAGACUUGAACAGGAGCAAACGCGUGUUUCAACCCAUCCGCACUUCAACAACUUAUUGUUUAUUCCACUAGCCAAAGUGACAGAGAUGCUUCGCACAGAACCUGUAUCUUGCGAGGUGACAAAUUCGUCAGACUUUGCACCCUGUGCUGAAACAAGGAGAGAAAAGCCGUAUUACAACGACGUCAGUGGUGGCACGUUCACGGCUCUGGAGGGCCUCAAGUCCUUCUACUGUAGUCAGGGAAGUACCCAGAGGCAGCAGGGCACCUACGGACACCAGAGUCCAGACUCUGCAAGCAGGGAUGACAACUCGGAAAGUCAGGACACAGACGGCUACUCACCCCCAAAUUCCGCCACCAACUACACAUCCCUCCAGCCGGCCCACUACGACCACUCCCCAGCGGGUCCACCCCACUUUGAUAUUCCUCAACCCGCUUAUGACCACCCUCAGUCCCACUACGACCAUGAUUCUUCUCGAGAUUCCAUGGCUCCCUACCAUCCUUCCGACAGCCUUCAGGGACGCUACCCGUACAUGAAACCCUACCACCAGCCCUACUCUUCCACCGUGGAAAGUGAGGGGCUUUAUUCAAGGGUGGAUUCUCCACCUCAAGAGCUCCCUGUCCCUGAGUCUCCCACCCUGAUUGACCCCACCCACGGAGGACAGUCUGGCAAGGCGUGCGUGUACCUGUGUAACCGAGAGUUGUGGCUCAAGUUCAACACGCAUACCACGGAGAUGAUCAUCACGAAGCAGGGAAGGCGAAUGUUCCCGACUCUUCAAUACAGUCUGGCCGGCCUUGACCCCUCUAAGCAGUAUAACGUCUUCGUCGACAUGAUCCUCGCCGAUCCCAACCACUGGAAGUUCCAAAACGGCCGCUGGGUGGCGUGUGGACAAGCAGAACAACUACCAACAACCGGCCGCGUGUACCUUCACCCCGACUCUCCUAACAGAGGCUCCCAUUGGAUGAAACAGGACAUCGUGUUCGGGAAACUUAAGCUGACUAAUAACAAAAAUACGGACCAAUCACACAUUGUGUUAAACUCCAUGCACAAGUACCAGCCUCGUCUUCACGUCAUCGAAGUAGGCGCAUGCGCCCCCGGAGAACAGAAAACGUUGCUGACACACAGUUUCCCGGAAACUCAGUUUAUCUCCGUUACUGCCUACCAGAACACCGACAUAACUCAACUAAAGAUUGACCACAAUCCGUUUGCAAAGGGAUUCCGGGACAACUAUGACAGCUCGGCCAUGUUCCGAUCUACCGAAAGGACGCCAUCGCCCCCUGCAAGAGAUUCUUACAUCACCAAAGAACAUCCAUCCAUGCCAUACCCCCUCGGAUACAUGGUGGGACAGCCCCCAACCUCAUACGGAAGCAGCUCCCAACGACCAUAUUCCUCGUACAGUGGGCAGUCCUACCCCGUAGCGCCCCCUGUCGUUUACGGUAGAAAUCAGCACAUUCCCGACUACAGUGUUUAUCAGUACCGUGAUAGCAACAGUGCUCAGCCAGAAUAUCAACCCCAAGGAUUCCUUCAACAUAACGACUCCUGUGCAAAGAACGACAGUGGUAAUAGGUAUAUACCCAACUCCUACGUCCUGAACGGCCUUGAAAGCGGGCACUCCAUGUACCCGGGGCCAGCGCUCCUGCAGUCUCUGGACACUCCAUCAGGGGACCACGACAACGACAUCAACCCCAUCAACCCGGCCAAGAGAAGGCGCGUGAAUGAUCCUGACGACAUGCCUUCCCAUUCUAGAGCCAGACACGAUUUCCGCUUGGACGAUGAGGAACGUCACACUUCAAAUAAUGUAGCUUUAUACGAAGACAGAGACAUGGCGUCCUAUAAAUCAGGGGAGAUAAACUAUGCACUUCCCGCCCAACACAGCAACUAUGCCGACUUAGCGCCCUUGAAAACGGAAGCGUCGCCUUACCAUAUUCCUGUCCCAGAAAGCUCAUAUUAUUAA